AUGGAUGAAUUUGAUGAAGAUAUUGAACUUGUGCGAGAUAGUAUCAUUACUAUUGAAAGUUCAUCGUGGAAUGCUACCAUACAGAUUGACAGACUUUUGCUAAACACACUUUUAGGGUUCGGAUACAUUAAUGAAACAAUGCUACCGUGGAACAGUGGUCGACCAAUUCAGGUUAAAAUUUUUUGGGGACAAGUUGGUGAAGUUAGUGGUUUUGAAAUCUUACGAGAAACUUAA